AUGCCACAGCACACUGACAACAUGAGCGACGCUACUGAACAGUUUCUAUCUCAUCUCGGGAAAUGGCUUUGCGACUUGGCGAACAAUCGUCCAACUGAGAGCAGUCGAGGAUGGCUGCGCCAGCUCGCCGAAAAACAUUCUUACAGCGCUCUUCCUUGGGUUCGAGAUGGCGUCGAGCAAAUCGAGCGGGAGAUGCUUCACUUGAGAAAGCCAGUGCAUCAGAAUGGAAAGGCGACGGAUACCCAGACAAUUGUCGAUCUCAAAAUCGCCAUAUAUGACGAGCGUCAACAACACCAGGCGGCCAUAGCCAAGCUGGAAGAAGCCCUUCGGAAGCGACAAUUGGUUGAUGAUGAAGCCACCACUGGAACCACGGAAGAACUCAUCGACAAGUCCCAGGCGCAGUCGGCUGAAUGUCAGAAUUACGAAGCUGAUAUUCGCCUUCUGCUUGAGGAACUUGAAGCAGCGGACUCUGCCCUCAAAGCACUGCAAAUCGAGCACGACGCUGUCCUCGAAGACCUACGCGACGCAAAAGAGCGCCGUACUGCUGCUCUUCAUUACACCGACCAGUUGCAGUCAAUACUGGGUGUCAAUCUCGAAGCGUGGCACGAUAGCGACUCUGUCGCUGAAGACUCUGUCAAUGGAAGCAACGAAGACGCAGCGCCUGCAGACCAUCGCCGCUCACUCAGCAGUACCCCAAGUUCGCCCCAAGUCGUCGCACCGUCAACGCAUGACAGCGGCACACACAACUCGUCACCCUCACCAGAGCAGCCAAACCGUUCGCAGCAAGAAAUCCAUCCACUGAGUCGAGAACAACAAUAUCUGCAACGCAUACGCAAUCUAGAGACAGAAAACGAAAAGCUUCGUGAAGAACUGCAACUUUCUGAACAACUGCACGCUAACACAGACGCUGCAAAGUUUGAUAUUCCCGAAGAGCCCUUUCAGGGCAGCGAGGAGGUCGUCAAGUCUCCGUGUCAACUCGAUGGGCACCAGCGGCUACAGGAAGGGAAAUUUACUGCGCAGGGAGUCAUCGCUUCUGACGAGGGUAACGACGAGUCUUGCCAGGGAGGAGACGUGGGAGCUGGAUGUCGUGCUUGGAGAGCGCCACGGAUGACGGAAAACUGCGAGAGAGCAUUGUACUGGCUGAAUGGAUGGCAUAGGAGUCACUUCCAUGUGAUGCAUUGA